UCUUGGCUCUGUUGGGGUCAUUAAUGUAUGUCAGUGAAAAGAGACUGUAGAAAGCAAGCUGCUUUCUUAAGAUCAGGUUGCAUAUCCUGCUCUUUCUUACUCCUCGGUUAACUGAAGGUAUCCUCUUGGCUGCUUUUUCUGAGGAUCUUUUAAGACUUGGCAACCGCUCUGGAGAAAUGUCCCUUGUGUAAAAGCCCAGCUCUUCUACCAUGUACCAGUCCAGCUUUGUGCCACGGGAGUUUUACCCACCUCCUGCCUACGCCUACCCACCACUGCAGACUGGGAGAGCAGAAGACAUGACUAGCUCCAUGAUGCUCCCUCCCAUCCACAUGCACAAUUUCUACAGCCGACCCAUCACCUUUGUCAUGGACCGGAACAGCUACCCUGACUAUAUGGGAGGUCAGGUGGAGUAUCAUCAUCUCUACAGUGCUUCCAAUCCCUGCUUCCGUCCAUACUACACCUGGCACUUGCCUGCUUUGGUCCCCAUCCCUCUUUACAAUCCCUAUGCAAGCUACUAUCCCUCCACUGCCUACCAGAGGUCAGAUCAGUAUCGAGACACGUGGCCAGAAGGCUUCACCAUGAGAGGAGAGCUUCAAUGGGGGAAGCUUGGGAAGGUGUUUGGACCAAGGAAAAACCUCCCAGAAUUUGUGAAGGAUGAUCUCCGGAGGGUUUAUGGCACCUACCCACGGACCAAUGUUUCCAUAACCUACCGGAAAGGAGAGUUCUUGGUCAAGGGAGACCCUAAGGUAGGAGAGCAGGAAUAUGCAGUGGAGAGAGAAGUCAUUCAACGGAUUGUGACCCCAAGUGCUAGUGAGGCAGAUGACAGCAGUGAGGAUCGGAACCGUAAGAAGAAAAAGAAACUGAGGCGUUGAUGUAGUCAGUCACCCAAUGGACAGAUGCUCCGGAGCACGCAUGGGAGCUAGUUGGCAGCUGUUCUUGGUGCAGCUGGCAAGAUGUUAGCACUCUUGUUGGCUUUUAGCUGCUCCCCACCCUCCACAAGCUUAUGGUAGCCUUAUCCUGUCUGCACAAUGCCCAUCCGGUGAAGAAGCCAUGUGGCAGACUGUGUCUGACCACCAGUUUGGUCCUGUUUUUUGAAAUGAACAUUUGAUUUCCACUGGUUUGGUUGAGUAGUCGCAAUCUGGUGGGGGGAUUUCCAGGCAGCAGCCCUUGAUUAGAAGAUGAGCCUGACCAAGGGAAGAUCCUGGAAGCUGGCUCCCUUUCUGGCACUUGGUUAAGGAGAUCAAAGUGGGAUCUUCUCCAGGCUGGGGUCAGUGCAGGCCUUGGAGGGAGGGUUCUUGAACACUGUAAAGAGCAGUUGUCUGUGUAUCUUGUCACCACCGUUUAUGAUCGUACCAUUGCACUUAAUUACUGUGUGAUGCCUGUACACAGCACUUUCCUACACAUUGGCAGAAGAUAGUGGUGUUCCCAUACUCUUACACUUGGUAACCUGAUGCUCAGCUCUGUCUAUGUCCUUGUUGAAAUUUCUGCCUGAGUGUUCUGCUCUUGGUCUGACUCUGCUCUGGUGGAGGUCCUGGUGCUCCAGUGAGGUUACUGGAGUUGCGUGAACCACAGCACUUCCACAGCUUGGUCCCUUGGAAGGGUGGGCUUCAGAGUUGUACCUGGAGGGUUAUGAGGGGCUGAAUCUGACUUGCUUGCAAACUUCUGUACCUUUUAAAUGAUUACAAAUAAACAAUAAAAAGACCCUAAAUGCAAAUGCUUAUUUGUUUCUAGUUUUUAGUGACCUGACAGUGGUGUCUCCUGUAAACAACUUGCAACCUGAUCUGACUCCUUUUUGCAAGUUUAUGGAUGACUUUAGUGUGGCUGUUACCCAUCUGUGGUGGAUUAUUCUGCUAGCUCUGCUUGCAGUGCUCUGCCUUGCCCCAGUUUGUUGCCUGACAGCUUUCUCUUUGGGAGGGCAGUAAGGACUUUCUGAGCCUUUGGAAGAGAUAGGGGACCUGAUCCAUCCCACUGCAUUCUCCUCCUGACUUGCUAUGUGGGAGAAAGACCUCCUGUUGCAGGAGGGAAUGCUCCCUGCCUGCAUAGCAAAGGAGAGAGCCUGUGAGGAUGAACUUGAAGUCUGUCAGCGGCUCUAAAUUGUUGUGAAGUCAAAGUAUGUAGAUUAUUUUUUUAAUUGAUAUGAUGCUUCUGUGUAAGUGAUUGCCCAAAUGUGUCUGCAACUAUCUUGAUUGCCCCUUCCCGCCUUGGCUUCUUGGAAAUGGGUGAACUCUGCUGCCAGAUAAAGCUGCAAAGAGGCUGAAUCGGAAAAACUGCUGCAGAAACAUCAGAUCAAGCUGAUGAUCCUCAGUAGUGUUGCAAGUGAUAGCCAUGGGGCCUACUGAAUGGGCUGGAAAAGGUCUCUAGUAAUGACUGCUGGCUAAUUAAAUCUGCCUUUGGUUACCCAGUAUAGGAAAAAUGCAGCCAUUUCUGUCUUUUUCCACUCUUCCUUGGCUAAGGAGGACAUCCUGCCCCGGUAGAGAUGUGCGGUUAGAUAUCUGCUGGCCAGGUCUUGGCAACCUUGCUGCAGCACUGACAUUUCACUCCAUGUUCUUUUAGCAGCUGCUGCUCCUCUGGGCAGUGGCUUAAGCACUGAACCCAGAGUCCAGGCGUUGAAUCCUUCUGCAGGCAGUGCACCCCUCUGGGAUGUUGGAGGAGUAUCUUUCCCAUCGCCUGUAGGUGCAGAGCAGGGCUGGAUGCUUCUUGCCAGGGGACAGGUGCUGGGAAGGACCUGGUUUAGGUGAGAUCCUGAGGCAGGCUCAGCUCUUCUAGGCAAGGACAGGGAGAGGAUGGGGUUUGCCCUAUGGAGAUGAUCAGAUGCUGUGUAAAUUACCGGGACUUGGGCAAUUUGUCCCAAAUACCACUCCUCCAGCCAAUAUAUUCCUGGUGGCAGCUUUGCACUCUAUUAUAGUGGGAAGCGUCACCAGAACUCAAAGUGGACAGCCAAUGUCUCACAGAGGUGUCUGAUGGGUGGGUGGAAAGAAAGGAUGUUACCUACACAAAAACUUUCUCCAAAUACAUGCGAUGUGCAAAAGCAGACAAGGCGGCUGGGAGUGUUUGUUAGAGCUUGGCGUUGUUUGCCUUGAAGACCUUGGAAGCUGAUAAUGAAGGAGCCAGCUAGCAGCAGUUUACUGAUGAGUGGGCACUGGAAUGCAGAAAGCUGCUGCAUUUGGUUCAGGAGUUUGAAAACAGCCAGAGGAGACUGAGUCUGUGCAAAGUUCAAAAAGAAAUAUAUUCAUCCCGAGGAAGACUUCCUACUUCAUCCCUAAGACCCCGACCCACGACCAUCAGGAGUCAUUAUGCAGGCACAAGACUGUAGCGAACUUUCCAGAACUAAUUUUAAUACGAAGCAAGGAAAGGGUAUGAAUAUGUAGUAGGUGCUUAUACCUAUGCAUAUCUUUACGCUAUAAGUAGCUGCUUGUUAAGCUAUAUGGUGUGCAAGCUAGGAGGAGAAUCCCCUUGCACCCCAGCACUGGAAAUAAACAUACCUGCUUUAUAACUCAUUUUGGGUUAUAGGGUUUGAUUCCGCAAAACACAUGUUCUUGCUGGGAACAUCUCUGUGGCUUGCAGGGAGAGAGCAGGCACAAUCCUUAGCUUUACCUGUCCUGUCCUGUUUGUCUUCUCCAUGACUUUGGUUUCCUUGCCGGGAUUCUGAACAGGAGAUUGCUGGGCACACCCAUGCUGUGUUCUGACAAUGUGUAUUUUUAGCAGAGGUUUACAAUUGCACGCAGUACAUCAGGAGGCAGCAAUGUAUUUAUUUUCUCAAGUGCCAUUUUGCUUCUAGAUGGGACAAAACAUGUUGCAGUUGUGCUUUUUUUCCCUUGAGGGAAAGCCUGUGACAGCCACUGCCUCAAGCAGUUCCCACUACAGGGUUUCCUGGGGUGGCUGUAACUCACCUUCAUCCAUGCUCUCGUCUCUAUGUGGGAGCAGACUUGUACGUGCCUUGUAGGAACAGCUCACUGCUGCUCUCUCUUCCAGAAGGUUUGAGGCUUAUUUGCUGCCCAGCUGCAGAA